AUGUAUAACGAGAUCGAAGGGAAAUAUGAUGACGUCGCCAUCAAUAUGUUCAAAAGGGGCUUGCCGACAGAACAUGGUUUAAGAAAGUCCCUCACUGGAAAGCCAGUCACCAACGUGCGCCAACUCAUGGACAGAAUCGACAAGUAUAAAAGGGUCGAGGAGGAUCAGCAGAUGGGAAAAGGUAAAGCGAAGGUCGUCCCUCAGGAGAGGAAGGACUUCAGGUCGGAACGAUUUAACAACAGUAACAGACCGAGAAGGGACUAUAUAGAUCAGUCUGAAUCUACUGGGGCUCAGGCAGUCCAUACUGUGUUCCGAGAACCUCUUCACAAGAUCCUAGAGAAGGUGAAGUAUGAGCCUUUCUUCCAGUGGCCGAACAAGAUGGCUGGCGACCCUUUGAAGCAUAAUCAGAACCUGUAUUGCGCAUACCAUCAGGAGCCAGGUCACACUACUGAUGAUUGCAGGAACCUGAAGAACUAUUUAGACCGGCAAGUCCGAGAAGGGAAGCUGAGACAUCUGCUGCAUCGCUCUGAAGGAUGGCAAGAACCAUCAAACAAUGAAACCAGACAAAGUACGUUGAGGCCACCCAUUGGCACAAUUAAUGUCAUUCUCGCUGCACCUGGAAGGACAGGCUCUAUCCCCUUCAGGGUAAUGUCAGCGAGCAAUUUCCCGACUAAGCCAGAUGACAGGGAAUCCAAGAGGGCUAGAAUGAGCGCCACGCCAUUAAUCAGGUUCACGGAGGAAGACAAACAAGGAACUAUCUAA